UAUAAAGUCUUAAACUUACACGAUAUGUAUUACCCUAAUUCUCCAAACAAACUCAAUGGAGAAUUUUCUUUCCCUUCCAUCAAACACUAUGACUCCGGGCACCGUGACUGUUACCUUGUUAAUUAUUAUAUGCUCAUUUCUUUGGCUAACAAGAACCCUGUUAGCUAAGAAAAAGAAAGCAGCACCAGAAGCUGGCGGUGCAUGGCCGCUACUUGGCCAUCUUCAUCUUCUAGGAGGGCCGCAGCCACCGCACAUAGUGUUGGGAGACAUGGCGGAUAAAUAUGGUCCGAUCUUUAGUAUCAAAAUGGGGAUACAUAAAACCCUAGUAGUAAGCAAUUGGGAAACUGCUAAAGAAUGUUUCACAACUAAUGAUAGAGCCCUUGCCGAUCGUCCCAAACUUCUUGCCGGAGAGCUUUUGGCUUACGAUCAUUCUAUGUUCGCGUUCAGCUCGUAUGGAAAUUACUGGCGUCAAAUGCGCAAGAUCGCUACACUCGAGCUUCUGUCCAAUACUGUUAGCUGUUGGCUGGGUCUUACUCUAGCAGCAUCAGACACAACAUCAGUUACUUUGAUAUGGGCUCUGUCAUUGUUAGUUAAUAACCCUCAUAUCCUCAAGAAAGCUCAACAAGAAAUAUAUAUUCAUAUCGGCAAGGAAAUGCAUGUACGUGAAUCUGAUCUUAAUAAUUUGAUUUAUCUCAAAGCGAUUGUUAAAGAAACGUUGCGUUUAUAUCCUGCCGGUCCACUUUCUGUGCCACAUGAAUCCAUGGAAGACUGCACCAUAGCUGGUUACUGUAUUCCAAGAGGCACAAGAUUACUAACUAAUAUUUGGAAGAUUCACCGCGAUCCAAAUAUAUGGUCGGAUCCUUCAGAAUAUCGACCAGAAAGAUUUCUUACGAGUCAUAAAGAUUUUGAUGUCAGAGGUCAAAAUUUUGAAUUUUUACCGUUUGGUAGUGGAAGACGAAUGUGUCCUGGAAUUUCGUUUGCGCUUCAAAUUUUGCAUUUGACAUUGGCUACGUUACUUCAUGGUUUUGAUUUUUCAGUUCCGACAAGUGAACCGACUAACAUGACCGAAGCCCUUGGACUGACCAAUCUUAAAGCAACGCCACUUGAAGUCCUCAUCAAUCCUCGCCUCCAAUCUCAUCUUUAUCAGUAAACUAAAUUGGCAGCAUAUUGUAAGGAAAAAAAAUAUAAUUGUACUGUUCAAUAAGUAAUUUUAAAUUCGGAUAGUUUGAUAUCGAAGCUCAUACUUCAUUGAUGAUCGAUACCCUUAAUUAUUAUAAUAAAAAAUGUUGACAUGUUCUUCAAUCAUAUAAUUCUGUAUGAUGAUAGUCUUAAUCAUAAAUUGUUAUGUAAGCAAUUUAAUUGAGCUUUGAAACA